UCUGCCUUCAACUCUUCCACGCUUUUUAUUCUUCGUUUCUAUUCCUGCUCAUCUGUCAUUAUACUAGCUACAGCCUUCUUCUAAAUGAGCAAUCUCGAUUUGUCUGCGCAUGCCGCAGCGAUAGCUUCCACGCACGACCGGAUUCUGGGCAACGACCCAAGCAUUUCCUGGGCAGUCUACGGGUUCGACCGGGGCGGUAACGCGCUGAACGUGCAGGCCGAGGGUGCCGGCGACCUGUCUGAACUGGCAGAGGAGUUCGACGACGGCAAGGUCCAGUAUGCGUUUGCGCGGGUGCAGGACCCGAACACACAGCUGCAAAAGUACGUGUUCAUUUCGUGGUGCGGGCGCGGAGUGCCGGUGUUCCGCAAGGGCCUGGUCGGCUCACAGGUCGGCGAGGUGCAGCAGGUGCUGGGCGGCUACCACGUCGCAGUCAUCGCGCGCUCCGAGGAGGACGUGCAGCCCGAUGAGAUCAUGAGCCAGGUCGAGCGCAGCUCCGGCGCACAGUACUCGUACCACACCACCCCCCGGCGCCAGGCACCGGCGCCAGCCGCCAAGCCUGCGUCUGUGGGUGCUGCCUUCAGGAAGGGCGCCUCGUAUGGCGCACCUGCCGUCACCAAGGGCGCCCAGUGGACGGCGCCGCCGCCGCCCACACCCGCGAAGCCAGCCAAGCCAGCCAAGCCCGCACCGCCCGCCAGCAGCCCAGCGGUGGCUCCCGCGCUUGGCGGGUCCAAGCCGCUAUUUGGUGGUGCCGGGCGCCCGGUGUCGUCGUUCUUUGGCCCACGUGCAGGCAGCUCGGCUGCGGUGAAGUCGCCGCCGCUGUCGCCUCAGCAGGAGUCCGCCGUGCCCCCAGCGCCUGCAUACAAGGCGCAGCAGGACGAGCGGCAGGCCGAGCUGGCGGCUCUGCGGCGAGGCAGUCGCGGCGAGUCGCCGGCCUUCAGCAGCCCGUCGCGUGGUGCCACACCCGCAUCGCGCGCCAGCGGCACCUCUGCAGGCUCAGCUGCAGCACACGAGCCGUCGGCUGCCUUUACGCAGGCCGACCAGACCAAGAGCGAGCUGGAGAUGCUGCGCAGCCGCCGGCUGCUAAACUCAGACCUGGGCGCCAGCUCGGUCCAGUCGUCAGCGCAGGCUGAGGCCCAGGCGCGCAAGGAUGAAUUGGAUGCCAUUCGCAGAGCUCGCAGUGGAUCGAGGUCAGGGUCGUACUCACCGCAGCAGCCGGCUAGUGCGCCAGUACCUGCAUGGAAGCAGCAGCAGCAGCAGCAAGAGGAGGACCGUAGGCGUCAGCAAGAAGAAGAGGAUGAGCGGCGCAGGCGUCAGCAGCAGGAACAGGAGGAUGAGCGUAGACAUCAGCAAGAGGAAGAGUCUCGCAAACGCCAGCAGCAGAAAGAGGAGGAAGACCGCCGUCGCCAGCAGCAGAAAGAGGAGGAAGACCGCCGUCACCAGCAGCAGAAGGAGGAGGAAGACCGCCGUCGUCAGCAGGCGGAAGAAGAGCGCCAGCAGCAAGUUGCCGGAGAAAAGCAGGCGGAGGCUUUGAUGGCCCGUGCCCUCUACGACUACCAAGCAGAAGAAGACAACGAGCUGAGCUUCGCCGAAGGCGACGUCAUCAUCAAUGUCGAGCAGCUGGAUCCCGGAUGGUGGGCCGGCGAAAGCCAGGACGGGUCACGCCAGGGCAUUUUCCCAGCAAACUUUGUAGAACUCAUCGAGUCCAAGCCCGUCGCCCCGCAGGUUCCUCCUGCUCCGCCAAUGGCUCCGCGCGCACCAGCUCCUCCGCCAGCAGCCCCGGCUCCUCCCCCGAUGGCUCCGCCUCCCCCUCCCCCAAUGGUUCCGCCUCCCCCGGUUCCCCCACCAGUGUUUCUGCCUGUCCCGGUUCCCCCACCAAUGGCUCCACCGGCGCCCGCUCCUGCCGCGCCCGCUCCUCUCCCUCCACCAGCGCCAUCUGCAGCUCCUGCCCCUCCCCCAAUGGCCCCACCACCACCAGCUCCUGCUCCUCCGCCGAUGGCUCCUCCACCACCAGCUCCUGUUUUGCCGCCCCGCAGCGCUCCUGUCGAUCUGCCGCCGCUCUGUGCGCUUGCUGGCCCAGCGCCACCGGCCCUGCCGCCCCGCAACGCCGAACCCUCGGCUCCUCCCCCGCCUGCCCUGCCGCCCCGCGCUCCUGCAGCCCCUCCUGCUCCGCCAGCGCCGCCAGCACCAGCGCACCCCGAGCCCAUGGACCUGGGUGAGCACUACGCAACCGCUCUGUACGACUACGAGGCAGCAGAGGAGGGCGAGCUGUCGUUCAGCGCCGAUGAAGUCAUCACACACAUUGAGUUCCCCUCGGACGAGUGGUGGGAGGGCGCCAACUCCAAGGGCCAGUACGGGCUGUUCCCUGCCAACUACGUCGAGCUUGAAAAGUAA